AUGAUACUAAAGGUAGACGAAAGCUAUAAAAAAGAAGCGUCCCAGCUUUACCAACUUGUUGCAGCAGCCACUAAUGGACGAGAUGACGACUGGAAAGUGGUAUCCCCUCUUUCGAUAUUCGCGGUGGCACUAGCUGAAGAGAAGGACUCCAAUCUCAUCUUGACUGCAAAAAGGCCUUUCCUCGAUCAUUCCAAAAUCAAACCUCGCUGUCACCAAAUGGCUUCGCGGCUCACAAGUCGCAGUGGUGGUCUUUUGGAAAUCUUACACGCAGAUAAACCAAGGCAUGAGCUGUUACCGACCAUGAAAGUUUAAUAUCUGCAUCGUACAGUGAAAGAUCGUCUUGAAAAAUGGGAGACCCAAAGUAUACUUAAGGAUUGGACUGGUGGUAGCUCCGCCGAUGUCUAUAACCCCACCUUGGCAAUCCUGAAAUCCUCUAUUUUGCAACUUAAAAGCAUCCGCGAUACUCGACACGACCUCCUCAAUUCAGGGGAAUGCAUAGACUCUGUUAUUUUAUUCGCUCGUCGAGUUCAGAGAGAUACUGGAUCUGGUCAGGCAGAGCUUAUGGAUGAGUUUUUCAAUGUUGCGUCUAGGUGGAUACGCGGUUAUUCAUCAACAGAGAUUGUCUUCCGACCCGACUCUUCUCCGUCGACGAUUGCGGUACAGUGUGGUUUACACAGGUAUCUCUGGGCCAAACUAGAAAAUGACAAUGUCUUGAAAAGUUGGGAAAAGACAAGCAGAAGCUUUCUAGACUACGCCUUGCUUCCAGGCUUUGGCCUGGUGCAGUUUGUGAGUGUUGAUAUUGUGUCAGUUCUUUUAGAUUUUGGUGCAGAUUCAAGAAAACCAUGGCUCAAUGCUAUAAACUAUCUUGAGAGGUACCUGGGUGGUGAAAUUCAUUCACUCUCAUUUGGAGAGGAUCGAAAUUUUGUAUUGGCCCGCUGGGAAGAAGUUAUCAAGCGGCUUUUGGACGCAGGCGUCGAUCUCACUCCCCAUGCAGAUUCUGUCUUAAGGGCAAUGUUUCCACCGAACCAGUAUAUUGAGCUCUGGGAGAAGGCGGCCAGUCUAACACGGGCAAAGUCAAGACGAAGUAGAACUUCUCGAAUUCUUGACAAGGAUAAGUGGCGUCAACAGUAG